AUGGCGAUGAUGAUGACUGGCCGUGUGCUGCUGGUGUGUGCCCUCUGCGUGCUGUGGUCCGUUGUGGCCGAUGGAGAUGUUGGUGUGGUUUCUGGUGGGGACGACAACAGUCUGAAAGAAUUAUUUAUUCCAGUUGCGAGAUUGCAGGAAAGACCAGAACAAAGAGCAGCAGGAGCAACAGCUGACGCAAAGGCGGCGGCAGCAGCAAAAGCAUCAGCAGAAGCAGCUGAAAGAGCAAAAAUAGCAACAGCAAAAGCAUCAGCAGAAAAAGCAGCAGCAGCAGCAACGGAAGCAGACGCAAAAACAACAGCAGCAAAGACAGCAGAGGCAGCAGCAGAAGCACUGCGAGGUACAACAAUCCGAGAACAGGAGGUAAAAACAGCAAUACAUGAUCAGGAUAAUUCAGUCGAACACCAUUCUGGAGAAAAACAAGAGCUUCUACAAGAACAAGAACCGGAACGACAAGAAAAAGAACAGCAUGAAAAGCAGCAACACCAACAGCGUGAACAUUCCGCAGGAAAUGGCGAAGAAUCCCCGAAAGAAAAAACUGCUAAUGGUACAAAUGCAAGUGCAAUUACGGACGACAGUGACGGCAGCACCGCGGUCUCCCACAACACCUCCCUUCUUUUGCUUCUUCUUGUUGUUGUUGCGUGUGCGGCUGCUGCUGCGGUGGUGGCCGCGUGA